AUGACCAUAAAACAGAUCUCAGGGGUCACCAAACUCAUGUGGGCGGGCAGUGGAGGAGACAAGGAGGUGGUCAUUUGUUUAUGGAUUGCCAUCCUUCAAGAGAAAAGAAGAAAGUUCUGCAAUGAAAUCUUCAGUUCUUGCAAUGCACUGUGUUUGCCAACAUCAGGGACAGCAAAGGAAGAAGCAGCUCAGGAAGAACCUGACUGCCUUGUGAAAUAUUUCAGUGUUGUGUGGUGUAAGGCAUCAAAGAAAAAGCACAAGAAGUGGGAAGGCGAUGCUGUUCUUAUUACAAAAGGAAAGUCAGUAAUAUUGAAAGAUAUGGAAGGCAAAGACAUUGGAAGAGGUACUGGAUAUAAAUCUAAAGAGCUAGACAGUCUUGAUGAAGGCCAAACACUGAUUGUUGGAGGAAAAGAAAUUGAAGUGAUGGGUGUAAUUUCAGCAGAUGACUUCAGCAGUGGCAGGUGUUUUCAGGCUGGAGUAGGGACUCAUGACACAGUCCCAACUAAUAUGAAACCAUUCUGUAAACCAUUUAAAAGUGUCUGUCAAUCCAAUACUAAAGAGAAUAUGCUCAAAGAUUCUCAGAGCUACAAACCUCGCCACGAUCCAAGUGCUUCAAAUUCUCUAGUUAUGCCAAGACCAAAUGCAAGUCAUCAGUGGAUGUUCAAUAAGGCCAGUUUACCUAUGGUGGAUGUAGUUGUGGAUCCUUACAUUGCAAAUAAUCUCCGACCACAUCAGAAAGAAGGAAUUAUAUUUCUAUAUGAAUGUGUAAUGGGAAUGAGAGUUAGUGGAAGAUUUGGAGCUAUUCUUGCCGAUGAAAUGGGCUUGGGAAAAACAUUGCAAUGCAUUGCACUUGUCUGGACUCUUCUGCGUCAAGGGGUCUAUGGAUGCAAACCUGUACUAAAACGAGCACUAAUUGUCACCCCUGGGAGUCUGGUAAAAAACUGGAAAAAAGAAUUUCAGAAAUGGUUGGGAAGUGAAAGGAUCAAAGUCUUUACAGUUGAUCAGGACCACAAAGUAGAAGAAUUCAUUGGUUCCCCACUUUAUUCAGUAUUGAUAAUCAGUUAUGAGAUGCUACUGCGAUCUUUGGAUCAAAUUCAGGCUAUAGAAUUUAACCUCCUAAUCUGUGAUGAAGGACAUCGUCUGAAAAAUAGCUCUAUUAAGACAACUACAGCCCUCACUAGUCUGUCUUGUGAGAGGAGAAUUAUCCUUACUGGAACUCCAAUCCAAAAUGACUUGCAAGAAUUUUAUGCAUUAAUAGAGUUUGUGAAUCCAGGAAUACUUGGUUCUUUAUCCACGUAUAGAAAAAUAUAUGAGGAACCGAUUGUCAGGUCUAGAGAACCUUCAGCAACAAAGGAGGAAAAGGAACUUGGAGAAAAAAGAGCAGCAGAACUCACACGCCUAACUGCACUCUUUAUUCUUAGGAGAACACAGGAGGUUAUAAACAAAUUUCUGCCUCCCAAAAAGGAGAGCAUAAUCUUCUGUCGACCAACAGCACUGCAACUCGAAUUGUAUCGAAAACUGCUUAGUUCUCGAGUUAUUAGGUCCUGUCUACAAGGCAGGCUAGAAAACAGUCUUCACCUAAUAUGUAUAGGAGCUUUGAAAAAACUUUGCAAUCAUCCAUGUCUUCUGUUUAAAGCUAUGAAGGAAAAAAGCUGUGAUCCUAUGUCUGAUGAACAUGAUGAGUCCAGUCUCUACGAAGGUCUAAUAGAUGUCUUUCCAGAAGAUUAUACUUCAGAAACUUUCUCUGAAACGGAUUCAGGAAAAUUGCAGGUGCUGGUGAAGUUGUUAGCAGCAAUCCAUGAGCUCAACUCUUCUGAAAGGGUCGUACUGGUAUCCAAUUAUACUCAGACAUUAAACAUAUUGCAAGAGACAUGCAAACGUUAUGGAUACUCUUAUACUAGACUUGACGGACAUACUCCUGUCUCCCAGAGACAACAGAUUGUUGAUACUUUUAAUAGCAAAUUCAGUCCAGCUUUUAUCUUUUUGCUGAGUUCAAAGGCUGGCGGAGUAGGACUGAAUUUGGUCGGAGCAUCUCAUUUGAUCCUGUAUGAUAUCGACUGGAAUCCAGCUACAGAUAUUCAGGCAAUGGCUAGAGUGUGGAGAGAUGGUCAGAAACACACUGUAUAUAUCUACAGACUGCUAACCACAGGCUCAAUAGAAGAAAAGAUUUAUCAAAGACAGAUCAGCAAACAAGACCUUUCUGGUGCAGUUGUAGACCUUUCCAAGACAUCUGAACACAUCCAUUUUUCCAUUGAGGAGCUUAGAAAUCUCUUUACACUUCAUGAAGAUUCCAGCUGUGUUACCCAUGACUUGCUUGAGUGCGACUGUAUGGGAAAGAAAGACCAUCAAAAUCCUUCUUCAGAAAAACCUUCUUUGUCUAGAAGUUGCCAGCUUGGAGAAAACCAUGGAAAGCCUAAUUCAAAAAAACCACUCUCCAUGUCACAGUUGAUGCAAUGGAAACAUUUCUCUGGGCAACAUCAGACUCUAGCUGAUCCUUUCCUUGAAAGGAUAAAAGAGAAUGUUUCUUUUAUUUUCCAGAAUGUAACCAGUCCAACUUCCCCCACCUAAUAAAACUUAAGUGUCUUUCUCUACCGCUUGCAUCCUCCUCCUCAUAACUAUAGCAAACAACUGAUGUGCAAUUACCUUUUGUUCUUUUUGCCAAGUUUUAUUUUGUGUAUUUCUGAUGAGGUUUCUGGGUAAAUGUGAUUCCUGGUGUUUAUACAAAGUUACAGUUAUUACUAGGUUA